AGUUUUUAUUUCAAGUGCAAUAAAAGUACUUUUACGAUAGAAAAUGAAUAACAAGCACGAAAAUCUUUUGUAAAUACGAUCUACUUAAAUAAAUUCGAGUAGAAUACAAGAGUAGACAAUUGCCACAAACAACACUUCACAAUUUGUCACAUGACAUUUACUAAAGCGACACUAGUUUCAUGAUUUCGUAGAUAUAUUACAUGUAAUGAUAAAUAUAUAUGAACAUUUUUAAUUCACAUUAUUUUUAAUAAGUAACUAGGUGUAAUCAAGUACAAUCGUCGAGCGUGAUAGAAAAUAGAAUAUUGUUUCAAAACUAGUAACUUAUGUUCGUUAUAUUGGUGAUUCUGAAUCAGAAAAAUUGAACUACUAUUUCAUGUUAUGAGUAAAUUUUCAAUUAUUCGUCCCGUAAUGUUUAUUUUCUUCUAAAAUCGGGAUUCUUCCCGAAAAUAAAUAUUAUCAAAAUUAUUGUAACCUUUUUGAUGAAUAUUCGUUCCAUUGAAUGGAAGGUAUCUAAUUUAUCAGAGAAAUAUUGAAUUCUAUGUCAAUGGAACGAGCGUAAAUUUUUGUUUGUUUCAAACACAUAUGCAACUUCCUUACUGUUUGAUUUCUAUAUUUAGUAAUCAUUGUUAUCGACAAAACGCUGACUAGUAACGUAGUUCUUACUAAAAAUUCUGCUCAACAUAAAUAAUAAAAAUACUACGUUUUACGAGCGUGUAUUUUGUUUUCGUGAUGCGAAGAAUAAAGAUUAAUAAGAAAUAGGUAUAAGAAAUGUUUACGUUGUUGCAAAACAUAGCUUUGUUUUACGAUAGUAUUUAAUAAGAUUGUAUCGUGCAUGCAUUUACAAGGUUUCAGCAGCGGUAACGGCACGUCGUGAAAUCAAUUCCGUAACUUAAUAAUAGAUACUCAGGAGGGAACAUAACAUGUAUUUUAAACUUUGAUUCGAUUCAAAGCUGUCACGAGUGAAAACAGAAGAUUAUAAAUAAUGGGUUUCAUUCAUAUUGUUUGUAUUUUUAUUAAUUUGAAUGAUAUACCUGUUGAUUAAUAAGCAUCAACUAUUUAGUUAUCAAGAUGCGGGAGAGAUUUGGUACAAUCCCCAGGUAUCAAAUGGGGAUUUGAACAAAAUCUUUUUUUCUUAAUAUUUUCUAUCAUAGUAGAAAAUACAUUGAAAUAUCUAAAAGCAUGCAAGACUAUAUUUAAAACAGGAAGAUGAUUUCUGGGAUCUCAUAAUUGUUUUAUAUAAUAAUGAAUUAUUUGAGUGCUCUGUAAGAUUUAUGUGUAAGCACAAUAUUGAAAUAGAUAUUUGUUGCUAAUAAUAAAUAGUAUCAAUCCUACGACAUAAUGUAAUAAACAUACAGUUUUUAUACAUGCGAAUGUGUUGUAUAACUACAGCAAAAAUGUCAUUCUUGUCGAAUUUAAAGAAAGCGUUCCACUUUGGUGGCAACGAUGCAAAGAAAAAGAAAUUAUUUAAUAAUAUUAAAAUGGAUUGCAAUCCAGAAGAAUUUUGGGAAAUGGUGGGUGAACUUGGAGAUGGAGCAUUCGGCAAAGUUUAUAAGGCACAGCACAGGCAAACGCACCAGCUGGCUGCUGCAAAAAUGUGCGCAUUAGAGGGGGAAGAUGAUCUUAGUGAUUUUAUGAUUGAAAUAGAUAUUUUAUCAGAGUGUAAACAUCCAAAUGUUGUUGAAUUGCAUGAAGCAUAUUUUAUAGAGGGCAAGCUAUGGAUGUUAAUCGAAUAUUGCGAUGGCGGUGCUGUUGAUUCUAUAAUGGUUGAAUUAGAAAAAGCUUUAACAGAGCUACAAAUAGCCUACAUAUGCCAACAUAUGACCAAGGGUCUUGCCUUUUUACACAAAUCGAAAGUUAUUCACAGGGAUUUAAAGGCAGGAAAUGUUUUACUAACAAUGGCCGGAGGAGUGAAAUUAGCUGAUUUUGGAGUGUCUGCAAAAAAUAAACAUACUUUACAGAAACAUGAUACAUUUAUUGGUACACCUUAUUGGAUGGCACCUGAAGUAGUAUUGUGCGAAACAUUCAGAGAUAAUCCUUAUGAUUUUAAAGUAGAUAUAUGGUCGCUUGGUAUUACUCUAAUAGAGUUUGCACAAAUGGAACCACCAAACCAUGAAAUGUCACCAAUGCGGGUACUUCUUAAAAUACAAAAGAGCGAUCCACCAAAACUCGAUCAACCUGGAAAAUGGAGUAAAGAUUUUAACGAUUUCAUUGCGAAGGCCCUUAUAAAGGAUCCAACGUCGCGACCUACAGCCGAUGAAUUGUUAAAGCAUCCAUUCAUAAAUCGAAAUUUAGAUUCAAAACCGAUUAGAGAUUUGUUAUUGGAAUACAAAGCUGAUGUUGUCGAAGAGGAAUUGGUCGAUGAAGAAGCAGAGGAGCAACGCACGUCACAGCUUCCUCUGGAACUGGAUCAACUCGGAGAUGACUCUGCAUCUAUGCGCAGUGACGCUGAUGUUAAGAUUUCUGAAAAAGAAAAUCUUGUUGCAUCACCCGUUUCUGCGAAGAAAGAAGAGAGCCACAAACGAGAGAUCAAUAGGGAUGGUGAAAAGGAGGACAGGAACAAGAAAUUACGCAAAGCAGAAUCUAAAGAGAACAUACCUGUUUCUGUUGAGAAGAAACAAGCACCUAAACCUCCUAGUACAACCGAAACAAACGAACGUAGAAUAUCUCGAGAAAAAGGUCCUGCGCCUCCUCCACCUCUUAUGCGUCAAGAUAGCAAAAAUGAAGAUAAGGAAAAUAAUUUAAAGAUCGCCGAUAAGCAAAGUUCGGUCGAGUUGUUAGAUCAAAGUAAGGUUACCGAUGAAAAGCAGCAAGAUAAAAAUGUAUUGUUAAAAAGUCAUGAAACGGUAGAGAGCGAACAACUAUACGUAGAUACACUUUGCGAGAAGCAAAACGUGCUCGGUAGUUCAGAGAAGAUAACAGAGAUUAACGAAAGGGAGAAGAGUAGCUCAGACAUUAUUAAGAAAGUUGAUACUAGACAAAAAUUGAUAAAUAAUCAAAUAAGUCCUCCUACGAGGGCGCAACUAACUUUGGAAGAAAAGAGGAAAUCUGCACCCGUUAAACCGGAAUCGUCGGAAGAUUGGAUAAAACCAAUGUUCAACAAACAGUCAUCUUUGGAAGAAAAGAGCAGAAUCGAAAAGAGAACACCAGUCGAUGCACAAGUUAAACGACAAUCUUCAACAGAAGAAAAUUAUAAAAGCUUGCAAGAAAAACGAAAAUCGGUAGAGGAAAAAUUAAACGCGGUUUUAGAAAAACGAUUUUCGAUGGAUUCCGAAAUUCGAAUGAAUGUUUCCUCCUUGGAAACGUUGACGCACCGAAAUAUUCCAAACGCUAUUUCGCCCGAAAAAAAUAUUACCAAGGCUUGUUCUACCGAAAAUAUCAAGACAGAUUAUGGAACGUGUAAAACGGAAUCUGUUGUUAAAAGUCACAGCGAAGGGUCUUCCAGAUACGACUCGUUGGAAAACUUUUCAGACGAAUACGAUGGAAAACGAGACAAGAAGAAGUGGCUAUAUAAGGAAAACAAACAUGAGAAUGACGCAAACGAUGCUUCGAAGAGUGAAAAGAAAGGUUCGUCGGUGAAUGUGUCGGUGAUUACAUCAACGCCUAUUAGAAGUAGAAGUACUUCCAGAAGAGGUAGCGUUGAUAACAUAGUUGUCAUUACCGGUAAGCCCGACCAAGAGGUACGUCCAAACACAUCAACCGUCCGUAUCUAUCCGGAUUUAUCGAACUCCCUUGCAAGUAACAUAAGCCAAGUGACGGUUGUGACGACGCAUCCUCCGGUAUUGGUAGACGCGGUAUCGCCAACGCCUCCUUCCUGUCGGCCGUCUCCCACAUCGGAAGUUGUUAUUGUCGCGAACGAGUUAAACAAGACGCAAGUGAACGAGAAUUCCACCGAUGAUGACGGAUUCCCUAGUCUGGACAGCUUGGAAUACACGCCUCAGGAGCAACCCAUUAUUCUGACCGACGUUUCGAAAAAGGUCGGCAAGAAGUUAGACGAAUCCGAGGUUCUCAUCGUAAGUCCAAUCGUAGAUGAAUUACAAGAUACUAGUCACGUCUCCGUUGUCACCGUUGGCGACGACAAGGAACAAGUGAAAGACUCUUCGGUACUUAACAAACACGACGCCGUACGAACAUCCUCCUCGCACAGUGAUACGAGCUUGAUUGAGAGAUCGAGCACAAAGAGCGAUAGCGGGGACGAAAUUACCAAAAUGAUAGUCGCUGGAACGACUGUCGAGUCCGCAGACGGCGACGAUGCAGAGAGAAACUCGAAGAAAAUGAACGGUAUGAUAAAGAACGACAAGUCGUCCGUGAGUCGUAUCGACGAGAAAGUUAUCAAGACGACGAAACAGAAGGACGUUGCCAAGGGAUACAAGGAGAAGAGGAUAUCUCCGGACAGUUUCGAGGGAUCCAGAUCGCAGAGUGAAUCAGGUUCGACGAGAUCCCACACGCCAAGUAAGAGUAUAGAUCGCUCGGACGCCGAAUCGAUUUCCACGACGAUAAGUCAGGACAGCAGAGAAUCAAACAAAGAGAAUCAUAUCGGUCAAGGUCAGUCGACGGAACCGGAAGAGGAAGUGGUAUUGCGACGGAAACCCGAUUACAAUCGUGACAUACCGCGACCGACAAGGACGAAAGAGGAUAUACAGAUGAUGAACCUAAAGAAAAAGACACGGAAGCGAACCAGAAAAUUCGAGAUAGACGGCGUUGUGGUCACCACAACUACGUCGAAGGUUAUCUACGGUGACGACGAGAACGGAAAGGUGUACGACGAUCAAAUUUUCAGGAAGCAAGAGUUGAGAGAGCUGAAGAUGUUGCAGAAAAUGGAGCAAAAGCAGUUUCAGGAUUUGUCGCAGAAGGCGCAGUUCAACAAGGAUCAACAGGAGAAACGUUUCGAGCAAGAACGACAGCUUCUGGAACGAAACGCUGAAACCGAUUUGGAGACCCUUGCUCGGCACCAGAGACAGCAGAUCGAACGCGCUGAAGCGCAACAAGAAGCUGAUCUUCGGCUGACUUCGAAGAAAAUACGCAGCGAUCAGGAAAGGGAGUUGAAGCAAUAUCGCGACACGCUGAAACAAGAAAUGAGGUUGCUCAAACAAGAGGUGGAUCUGAUGCCGAAGGGCAAGAGGAAGAGUGCGUUCAAGAUACGCAAGGAGACGCUGGAGGCCGAACACGAUGAAAAGGAGAAACUCUUUUUAGACGGACUUAACGAGAGUCACGAAGUAGCGUUGAGGAGAUUGUCCGACAGCCAUCGGGAGAAGAUCGCCUUGAUGGAGAGACAGUUCUUGCAGCAAAAACAACAGCUGAUGAGAGGUCGAGAAGCGGCCAUUUGGGAGCAAGAAGAACGGCACAUCCACGAAAAGCAACAACUGCUGAAAAAGCAACUGAAGGAUAUAUUCUUUCUGCAAAGGCAUCAGAUGCUAAUUCGCCAUGAGAAAGAACUCGAACAGAUGAAACGAAUGAAUCAAAGGAAGGAAGAGGAACUGAUCAAGCGACAGACGGUAGAACGUAGAAAUUUACCUAAACGGAUUCGUAACGAGAUGAAGGCGCGCGAGAUGAUGUUCCGAGAGUCCAUGAGGAUUUCGAUGUCGUCGGUGAUUGCGCCUGAUCCUGACGCUGAGAGGGAGAAACUGAAAAAGUUUCAGGAAAACGAGAAGAAACGUUACAGAGCGGAGCAACAACGAUUCGAGUUGAAGCAUUCGAGGCAGUUGGAGGAGGUAAGAGCGCAGAGCGAUGCCACCAUCAAAGAACUGGAACAGCUGCAGAACGAAAAGAGAAAAAUGCUGAUGGAGCAUGAAACAUUGAAGCUUAAGGAACUGGAAGAGGCGUACAGUAAAGAACUUCGCGAAUGGAAAGCGCAGUUGAAGCCUCGAAAGCAGAGAUUGGAAGAGCAGUUUGCUCUACAACUAGAGGAACAGGAGGCGAUAUAUGGACCAAGCGCGAUGCCGUUGUGCCUGCCGGCGGAUCUUCCCGAUUUGACGCAUCAUACGGCUGGUUCGACGCGCAGUUCGCUUUCUUCGGUUAGCGAGGGUUAACGUGUACAUUUGUCGAAUACAACCUGGAUCUUCCGAACUUCGUUUCUUGCAAAAGCCACGAGAAGCAUCAGACAUACCCUUUUCGAGGUCAACAUUCAACGACAUGCAGCAACGUUGAGAUUCUCAAACAUUAGCGGAUAACGAGCUGCGGUCGUCGAACACAGAGAAAAACAGCGACACAGUUUAACGUUUACACGUUUAACGUAAUUCCAAUGGCAUGAGAGAGCUUAAUAGCAAAGUUCCAAUUUGUUUAUGGCAAAGUAUUAGAGAGCAAGUGUUGCUUCUCGGUAGAGUAGGGCUGAGUAAUUGUCACUGUGCUCUUGCAAGGUAUUUUUUCUACAUUGGAAGUAGAUCGUUGCAUACGAAUGUCAUUAAUUUCAUACGAUUCUCUCGAGAAAGUAUAUACUUCUGGUACAAUCCACAGAAUCCGCCCGAUCAUCGUUCCCGAGAACUCCCAAGUCGGUGAGUUUUCGUAGACCUUGUACGCGUUUCUACGGUGAACAGAACUUUUUGUACGUCUUAUACACGCAUAUAUAUCGAACUACUAAGAAUUAUCGUCAAUUCGAGGAAAAUUUACCGAUCCAUCGACGACACGCGUGUGUGGUGAUGUCUACUGUUUUGUAGGAUGUCUAGCGAUUUUAUACGUACGUAAUGCACACGUGGAAAAAGUAUAUUUUCGAUCGUUUGGAUUGUAAUUCUACCCUGCUUGUGCUCUAUCCGUCGAGUGCCGUUCGAGAGUACUGAGAGCGUAACUGGUGAAUAGAUAUCGAAGGUCGUAAUGAUAUGAGCUGCGCCUUGCGAAUCGGAUUGAAUAGAACCGAACGUUUGUAUCAGGCUUCUCGAGUCGUACAGUUUUAUAAAGAAAACGCUAAAUUUUCGCCGAUAGACCAUUCUAUCAAGAUACAUGGAUAUAUAUUUUUUAGUAAAUAAACACGUUCAACACUACGAAUCAAAGGUUUACGCCAAAUAUGUAUACAAUGUAUGGUCGCUCAUUAAGCGGCAACGUAGUCCAACGACAUUGUAGAGAGAAUCUCUUUUUAAUCCGUAUUCGAAACGACCAUGUGUGGCUAAUGUGAGUCCGUAGAUGUAAAGAAGUAUAUUUGUAUAAAAUGUUUUUCUUCGUUUCUCCAUCUUCUAUUCUCUUCCUUUAUUCUUACCAUUUGUAUAUUGACUUUUACGAGUUUUGUUCGUUUUCACGUUGAUCAUAUUGCCAACGUAUAAGGAAUUUUGUAUAUAUAUAUAAAAUCGGGACGAAUUGUUCGAUAUAUUUUGAAUAUUCUAGUGCAUGGUAUGAGAGCGAUGUUACGACGAUCGUAUACCAGGAAACAGUUUGUUUACUUCGUCCUUUGUGAAACGUAUCUCUCGUUCCGUCGAAGCAUCGUGUUUACAGUGCAUGACUUAUCGAUUAAAGGACUACAAUUUUGCGAUGUUUACGAGAAACUCUUAGGAAAUUUGAUAAUAUGUAUAUUUUGUUCAAGUUUCGUUUGAGUUGUUCGCUAUUCGGGAUACGUAUGUACAAUUAACGUAAGAUACGAGUAUCGUGUAGAAAUGAGAAAAGAGGACGUUUGCCAAAGCAUGUAUACAUACAUAUAUCUACACAUACAUAUAUUCUUGAAAUUGUAACAGAGGUAUAUGGGGCACGGUAUAAUUAAACGCUGAUUACUUGCCCUUUAUCGAAUUCGUUUGCCAGACACUGGGAUGCUGUCCAAGAGUACUUGUCGAUCGUACCUGGAUCGUCCUAUUGGAAAUUUCAGAUUUUUAUACGCGUUAUCGAAACGACGCACCAAAUUCUACUUAAACGGGAUUAUAUGUAAAAUUUCGAGGCUACAACGAAACUCGUGGAUCGGUCCAAUCGUAAAUCGUGCGAGUAUCGUUGAAACGAGUUGAGGGCAGCGACAGUGAGAAUUCGAACGUUCAAACUUCUAAAGAAUUUCACGUAGAUGUAACGAAACGUAAUUUAUAGGCGUUUAAUCACGUGUGCAUUAUACGCGGGAAAUACUGCGAAAGACGAAAAGAAAGAAAAAAAAUAAAGGAAGAUUCGCUUUCGUCAAAUUUUCGCGAUAGCCUUACUCACAGUCUUUAGUAAAUCGAUCGAGUGCGUUGUAUAUGAUCGAGAGUAUUUAUACUACGACGAUUAGAGCGUGGAGCAAUGUAAUAUAUAAACCUGAAAGAAGGAAACUUGUCGACGAAUCGGUGCAUCGAAUUAAUUAUGUCGAUUCGUUCGAGUAGUCAACGUUAGGAGAUAUUUCAUUUUUUCUUUGUCUCUUUGUUUUGCUGAGUAUUUCUUUGGGCGUUCUUAAAAUUAUUGUACGUACAGUAUUUAAGGAUAAGAAACAGUUUGUUAUAGUCUUUAUUUUUUGCUAUUUGUACCCAUUGCACGAACUUCAUUUUUUUUUUUGCCGAUAAUAUAUGUUUAACAGUGAAUCGUAUCUCGACGUGUCGGCGCAUACUUAUAUAGAUUUAUAUAUAAAAUAUGUAUAUGGAGGAUCAAUAGACUGAGAACGAGUUAAAAAAAAAAUGGAGAGAAUCGGAAGAUUAUUGUAGAUCUGUUCGUUGCGAUUAAAUGUUUACUGGUGAUAUUGUUUUCGUCGAGUUUUAUAAUUUUAUAUACCGUCGACAAAGCGGCAUUAGGAAAUCUAUUUUGGCGAAAUAGUCUUGACAGCAGCCCACUACGCAUCGAUCCAAACGAAGCGUUUAAUCGGUGAUUCUAGGAAUACUUAACAAUUACUUGUAAUAUUUAUUUUGAUUUCGGUCGAAAAUAUUUCCAUUCCAUAUUUCUCGUUUAAAAACAAAUGACAGAAUAAAUGAAUUGAACAUCCGUCGCGUAACGUAAAGUAUGUCUAGCACGUAAAGAAAAGAGAAAAGCAAAAGGAAACUCACGUUUACGAUGUCUCGGAGCGUUUUCCUUUUUUAUGCCUUAACGCAUAUCUAUCAUUGUGCAAGAAUGUACUUGUUCGCGUUUAGAUCGAGUUUAUUUUACAUAGGUAUAUAUAUAUAUAUAUUAUUAUUAUUCAUCGACUAUAUCAGGUUUUGAUAACGCAAAGUCGCUUUACGAUACAAAUUCGAGGAAUUCCUGUUUCUGAAUAAAAUAGAAAAAGCAAAAAAUAGAGAUACUUGUCAGUCGAAUGCGAACGCAUGGUUACCUCCGUAUUACUCCAAGCUGCUAAGAAAAUCGAAUUGGAAUGAAAAGAGUAUAGUAGUUAAUAAUAAUGCUUAAAGAGUAUAAGGUAUCCAUGCGUGCCUGACACCGAGACAAACAAGCAGAUUGUUUUGUACAUAAUUUUUUACACGACUAGAAACGACACGUUUAUCCGAACCGCAAAUUAUUUUCCGAAAACGCAUUAUUUUUUCUUUGAACUGCAAAGGAAACGUAUUUUUAAGAUCAGCUUUUUCAUCCAGAAAUGUUUAUGCUUUUUUAAAAAAAAAAAAAAGAAAUCACUCCCUUCCGAGUUAUACCACAAGGUUUAGGGCAACCUAAGUAGAAUCAAUGAUGACGAAUGGAAAUACUUUGCGGUCGAAGUAGGUCCCGAAGCUGUUUAAAACAGAUUCCAUGUAUUUUGCGUGUGAUGCGAAACUUGCGGGUAGCAUUUACGUUUUGUAGCUUGGCUGGACGAAUGUUGCCGGGUAAAAAAAAAAACAAGGAGAUAAGUUUUUAUACAACUCAUUUGACUGGUACGACACGUCGACUGAGAACUAUACAUAGAGAUACAUGCCGCUGUAACAUAGACUCUUUAUAAUUAAUUGCUCAGUACUAGGUGUAACUGGAUUCAAUACGAUCAUUAAUAUAGACCGUAAGACUAAUGUUACGAUUAUUUACAUGGUAAUGUUAUUAAGGAAUAACACAAUAAAUAUUUUACUUCUA